CCAUCUGGUGCUGUGCAGCCCACUCCAAUACAUUGCAGUGAUGCUGUGGGUCUGCCAUGCCCAAGUUCAAACCUCCCCCAUCCUCACAGUGUCUCCUUGUGCCCGGGGCAGCCCAAACCCUCCCAUCCCCACCAUGGAGGGGUCCUCAGUGCUCAGCCCCUCCUCAUGGGAGAGACGACGAGCCUGGGCCCGGCAGAGCCGCUGCUGGAGGACCACGGUGAUGGAGGAGGAAGCAGCUGCAGCCAUGCAGGACAUCCCAGAGCUGCAGCCACCCCACCUGGAUGAUGUCUUCAUGGAAGGAAGCUCCUCCAGCAAGAUAGAGACGUGGCUGCAGGACUGCGGGUCAUCCUCGGAGGCGCUGCAGGAGGAAUUGAGCUCAUUGGGUCCCUAUGGCUGGGAGAGCAGCAGCACCAGCUUUGAGGAUGACCUGACGCUGGGAGCUGAAGCCCUUCUGCUACCGGGGAAUGAGAAAACCAUCAGCAGAGCCCUGCAGGGCAGACUCAGCCUGGGGCACAGCAUGGCAUCCAGCGCGCCCUCCGGCCUCACCAACAGGACCGGCUCCAGCAUCUCCGAGGUCCUGGACUGGUGUCAGGCUGAUGCUGAGGAGAUCCUUUAUGAUUUGGGAUUUGUUCAGUCGGAUCCGGGCGCUUUGACUCGUGUCCCAUCCCGUUUCUUCUCCUCCCCAUCCCAAGCCAAAGGCAUCGACUUCCAGCUCUUCCUCAAGUCCCAGGUUCAACGUUUGGAGAUGGAGGAUCCCUGCCUGAUGUUGGCCAGUCGCUUCCAUCAGGUCCAAGCUCUGGCUGCCACGGCUGAUGCUUUCUUCUGCCUUUACUCCUACGUCUCCAAGACCCCCCUGCAGCGCAUCUCCCCUUCACCCCUCACCUGGACCCACCCCAAUAACCCCCAGCCCCACAUCCCCCCCUCUCAGCCCCCCACCCUCUCACCUGCAGAGAGACUGAGGGCUGCUGUAUCCAAGAUGUGUCUGUACACCCCCCCCCUGGGCAGGGUGGUGAGGGAGGUGCUGGAGCGCAGCAGGGGGGAGAGGUUUCGCUUUGACCCCAAUGAUAGGGUCCUCAUGGCUUGA